GGAAGAGGGGAGCUCAGAGCCUUCAUCAGCCUCAAGAUGAGGACAGCUGGGCCAGAAAUGGAUCUCAUUCAGCUUUCGCCUGUGACUACGGUCACUUUCAACUAUGAUGACUACUACUACGAGGACAGCUGCCAGUACGAGCAGCUACAGCAUAUGACUGCUUUCCUCCCUGUCCUGCCUGUCCUGUAUGCUGCCGUGUUCUUGGUGGGCAUUCUUGGCAACUCCAUCCUGAUCGUAGCCUUAGUCUUCAAGCGACGGGUCCAGAGGCUGAUUGACAUCUUCAUCAUUAACCUUGCUGCUUCAGACUUCAUCUUCCUCAUCACGCUGCCAUUCUGGGUGGACAAGGAGGCAUCAGAUGGGAUAUGGAGGGUAGGAUCUUUCCUCUGUAAAGCUAGUUCUUACAUCAUCUCAGUCAACAUGUACUGCAGCAUCCUCCUCCUCACUUGUAUGAGUGCAGACCGGUACCUUGCCAUCAUGUAUCCCUCCAUUGCUAGAAGGGUCCGAACCAGAUCCUAUUCCAGUGCACUUUGCUUCUGUGUCUGGCUGUUAUCCUGCUGCUUAGGGAUACCAACCCUUUUGUCCAGAGAACUGAAUGAGCGCUACGGCAAGAUGUACUGCACAGACAAAGACGUGACAGAAUCCAAACAGAUCACAUCACUGACGAUUUUAAUCCUGGCCUUCUUCUUCCCGCUGUUGAGCAUUCUGACCUUCUACUGCUCCAUCACAAAGAGACUCUGUGUCCAUUACCAGAGAUCUGGGAAACACGAUAAGAAGCUGAGAAAAUCUAUCAAGAUCGUCUUCAUUGUGGUGGCUGCUUUUGUCAUCUCUUGGGUGCCCUUCAACCUCUUCAAGCUUAUGGCCAUCCUGUUGGGACUGCAGAAGCUGCCUGACUGUUUCCUUGACACGGUUGCCCAGAGCCAUGCUCAGGUGCCUGUGUCCGUGGGUGAAAGCCAGCAGCGGCAGCACCAUCUCCGACACCUUGGACACUCGCCUGAGCCACUCCUUAUCCAAUUUCAUCGCAGGGGAGUACACUGCAAGGAAGAGGAAGCGCUCCGUGUCCCUCUGACUGGGAGCCAGGACCACGGAGGAAGGGACCUCUCUUUCCAAAGGUGGCAGGGAAAGAAUAAAGCAAGAAAAGGGGCAAAAAAGAAAUAAGCGGCACAAGCAGAGCUGCAACUGUAGUGCAGCCAGCACUUCAGGCUGGUGGUACAGCACUUCCCUUUAAACUCAGGUAUAUUGAAUAGGAAACUUUAACCACAGAGCUACAGUUCACAGAGAUCACUGUGUCACUGCGCAGCACAAGCCUGAAACUGCUGUGCUGAGAGACAUCCACCUAGGCUGCUGCUGGAACUGCAGCCUGGGUGCUACCAGCUGCGAGCACAGUCAGGCCAUCAGCCAAAGCUGCCCCCAAGCAAUCUUUGAACUUAAACACAUAGGUUUUCAUUCUGCUCAGAGCAAGACAAAGCAACAGAAGUACUUCUCUCUGGUUCCUAGCUUACUUGCAAAAAUACUGCAAUGUCCUGUAAAAAAAACCCUGAUGAAUUCUCCUUUUUUUGGAGGUUUUCUGUAUUUAGAAAUGCAAUGUUUUAAUGAAUUUGUGUUACUUGCUCUUGUAACUUGAGUCUUGUGCAUUUUUCUUGAAGUUUCAGCUUCUUGAUUAAGAGAUUAAAUAUGUUUUAAUCAAAGGAAUUCAAGUCAGUUACUAGACCCUGUGGUUUCCAAAAGCAAAAAAAAAAAAAAAAAGACAGCCUGAAGGCAGAGAAACCAGAAGACAAGCAAAAGAAACUGCAUUUAAACCUUUUGUUAACAGCAAACAACCAAAAAAAAAAGAAAAUAAGAGAACACCUUCGCACUUUUUAAGAUGGUUUGGAGGGUUGUGACACAAUUUCUGGUUGCUUGGCUUGUCUAAUGCUACAACAUUCUGGGUCAUUCAAAGUGUACGUUUGCUUUCUUUAGGUGCAAUCACUUCAUGUUAAGAUGCAAGCAAAGUCGAAUGCAAACAUGCCUGAAAAGCAAAAUGAGCCAAAGUUUCACAAAUGUUUGACUGAAACAGAGAAUGCUGAGAAACCUUGGGUGCAGGAGCACUCACAGAAAACGAAUUCUGUGAGAAAAGUAAUACUGUUUAAGUUCAUUGGUGGAGUUAAGCUCCAUAAAUAAUUAAUAAUAAUUAAAACUCUGUGAAAUUGUCUUCUCCCUAUCCAUCAAUCUCUGGGAAAUGUAGAAAUCUUACAUUUCAUAUACCGUAGAGGAGAUACCGCUAGCCCAACUGGUGUUAACUCUGACAGUAAAUGGGAUGGGGAAACAGAGAAAGCUCCCUAUUUUUAACAGCUAUAAUACCUCUUAGAAUUACAAACUGAACAAAUAAGGAGUUAAGCAGCUCAUUAGAAAACUGGUGCGAGACUUCUGCUUCUAAAUGCUAAUGAUAGAAAUGUGUGCUUAAAAGAAAAAAACCAGAGUGCAAUGUUUUAAGGUGCCCAGUUGAAAUAAGCAUUAGACUUGUAACAGUGCUGACACCUCAGGUAUGUUGCAACAUCUCAGAUUCUGUUGUGCCUUUUGUAAAAUGUUUAGCUUAAUAUAUUACUGCUUGUC